AUGGUCGCAUAUGCAACCACGUUAUACGUCGCGGCUCAAGCCCUGCAGGCGAGCUCCUUGCAGCCGCAGGUGGUGGCCGCCGUCCUCUUCACGUCGGCCGCGUGCACGGUGGCCCUAGCCGUCCUCCUGGCCUUGCUGCGGCUGCGGCCGCCGUGGUGGUGCGCGUGCGCCGUGUGCGAGGCGUACGUGACGGCGUCGUGGACAGCCGAGUUCGACAACCUCUGCGACUGGUACGCGCACCUCCUGCGCCUCGCGCCCGGGCGGACCGUGCACGUGCACGUGCUCGGCAACGUGGUCACCGCCAACCCGCCCACCGUCGACCACAUGCUGCGCGGCCGCUUCGACAACUACCCCAAGGGCGCCCCCUUCUCGGCCAUCCUCGCCGACUUCCUCGGCCGCGGGAUAUUCAACGUCGACAGCGACUCCUGGCUCUUCCAGCGCAAGCUCGCCGCCGCCGAGCUCGCGUCCCCAGCGCUGCGCUGCUUCGCGGCGGGCGUCGUGGCCUCCGAGCUGCGGUGCCGACUCAUUCCUCUGCUUCACUCUGCAGCCGGCGGCGACGGAGACGGAGACAGCGGCGAGAGGCUGCUGGACCUCCAGGACGUGUUCCGCCGCUUUGCCUUCGACUGCAUAUGCAGGAUCUCGUUCGGCCUUGACCCCGGCUGCCUGGAGCUGUCGCUGCCCAUGUCGGCGUUCGCGGACGCGUUCGACACGGCGUCGAUGCUCUCCGCGCGACGCGCGACGGCGCCCAUGCACGUGUUCUGGAAGCUGAAGCGGCUGCUCAACGUCGGGGAGGAGCGGGAGCUCCGCGACGCCAUCCGCCUAGUCGACACGCUCGCCGCUGAGGUCAUCCGGCAGCGCCGGAAGCUCGGCACCGCCGCCUCGGGCGACGACCUCCUGUCGCGCUUCAUGGGCUCCAUCAACGACGACAAGUACCUCCGCGACAUCGUCGUGAGCUUCAUGCUGGCCGGCCGUGACACCGUCGCCUCGGCUCUCACCGCCUUCUUCCUGCUGCUCUCUGACCACCCCGACGUGGCCACCGCGAUCCGGGACGAAGUUUCCCGCGUCGCCGGAGAUCACAGAGACGGCCACGCCGCCGCCGCCAGCUCGGAGAAGCUCAAGGACAUGCACUACGUGCACGCGGCGCUCCACGAGUGCAUGCGGCUGUUCCCGCCGGUGCAGUUCGACUCCAAGUUCGCGGCCGGCGACGACAUGCUCCCUGACGGCACGUUCGUCGCAAGGGGUACCAGGGUGACCUACCACGCGUACGCCAUGGGCCGCAUGGAGUCCGUGUGGGGCCCCGACUGCGCCGAGUUCCGGCCGGACCGCUGGCUCCACGACGGGCGGUUCGUGCCGGAGAGCCCCUACCGGUACCCGGUCUUCCAGGGCGGCGUGCGCGACUGCAUCGGCAGGGAGCUCGCCAUCAUGGAGAUGAAGUCCGUCAUCGUCGCCGUCGUGCAGAGCUUCGACAUCGAGGCGGUCGGCCGGAGCUCCCACUGGCCAAAGUUCGCGCCGGGCCUUACCGCCACAUUCGCCGGGGGCGUGCCUGUCAGAGUGCGGCGGCGAGCUCGUGUCAGCGAGCUCCGACCACCACCAAGUUAA